CUCGUUGGAGGGCAGACCUGACCAAACGCUGUUGCGGAUCCUCUGUCUUUCUCGUUUAAUGUCCCACUGAGUAGACAGGGCCACGUGCAUACAAGCAGUUUUACAAGUUGCAUUCAGAGAUCCAGAUUCUAGUGUUUCUUUGAAACACUCUUCAGAAGCAACCAUGGUGAAGUUAGCUAAGCCUGCAAAGCAGCAAAUUCAGAAGAAAAAGGCCCCUCCACCCCCUAAACAGGUAGAAGAAGAAUCGAGUGAUGAAGACGGCAGUGAGGAGGAAGAAGAGAGUCCACCACCUAAAGUCACAAAGAAAGCCACCCCAGCUAAAGCCACACCAGCUGUAAAAAAUGGAAGCCAGGCUAAAAAAGCAGAAAGUGACGAGGAUUCAGAGGAAGAGUCUUCUGAAGAAGAGGCUCCACCCCCAAAGAAGGCACCUGCAAAGGCAAAAGCCCCCGCCAAGGCUGCCCCUGUUAAAGCACAAGAGUCUGAGGAGGAUGAUGAGUCUGAAGAGGAGGCCCCACCCCCCAAAAAAGCCAGCAAGGCUGUUGCAAAGCCUGCUGCCAAGCCCCCAGUAAAGGCUAAGCCUGCAAAGGAGUCCUCAGAGGAAGAAGAUGACGAUGAGGACGACGACUCAGAAGAAGAAGCUCCACCUCCAAAGAAGGCUACUCCUGCAAAACCAGCCCCCAAAGCCAAGGCAGCAGCUAAAGCAGCCCCAGCUAAAGAGGAAUCUGAUGAUGAUGAUGACGAGGAGGACGAUUCAGAAGAAGAAGCUCCUCCCCCCAAAAAGGCUACUCCUGCAAAACCAGCCCCCAAAGCAAAGGCAGCAGCUAAAGCAGCCCCAGCUAAAGAGGAAUCUGAUGAUGAUGAUGAAGAUGAUGAUGACUCUGAAGAAGAGAUGGACACCACUCCCGCAGCAGCUGCUACAAAGGGAAAGAAAGCUGGAAUGGUGAAGGCCAAAGAAGAAUCAGAGGAGGAAGAUGAUGAGGAUGAGUCUGAAGAGGAUGAUGAAGAGGAAGAGGGGGAAGAAGCCCCAGCUAAAGCUGCAAAGAGAAAGGCAGAUGGAAAGAAAGAACCAGUUCCUGCUAAGAAAGCAAAGUCUGAUGGAGAAGGCUUCUGCUUGUUUGUUGGAAACCUCAACUCCAACAAAGACUUUGACGAAAUCAAAGCCUCGCUCAGAAAAUUCUUCUCCAAAAACAGUCUAGAGAUUGUUGAUGUCCGGUUAGGAGGUUCCAAGAAAUUUGGCUACGUUGACUUUGCCUCAGAGGAAGACAUGAACAAGGCAAUGGAGCUUAAUGGCAAGAAAUUCAUGGGUCAAGAACUAAAGCUGGACAAGGCCCGUCAGAAAGAUAACUCACAGGAAGGAAAGAAAGAGAGAGAUGCGCGGACCCUUUUUGUUAAAAAUCUUCCGUUUUCUGCCACGGUUGAUGACCUGAAGGAAUUGUUUGAAGAUGCGGUUGAUGUCCGGUUACCUCAGGGACAAAACGGUUCAAAUAGAGGCAUUGCCUACAUUGAAUUCAAAUCUGAAGCUGUCGCAGAGAAGAUGAUGGAGGAGGCCCAGGGAGCCGAUGUGCAAGGGAGGUCCAUCAUUUUAGACUUUGUUGGAGAUAAGAGCCAAAAAGGUGGCAGAAUGUCAGCAUCAGGAGGAGUCAACAAAACGUUGGUUGUAAAUAAUCUGGCCUUCAGUGCCACAGAAGAUGUUCUACAGUCUACGUUUGAAAAAGCAGCUUCCAUAAGGAUUCCUCAAAGGGACGGCAGACCUAAAGGUUUUGCUUUUAUAGAGUUUGAGAACGCAGAGGAUGCCAAAGAAGCAUUGGAAAACUUUAACAACACAGAGAUCGAAGGCCGAUCAAUCCGUCUGGAGUACAGCCAGAGUGGCGGAGGGAGAGAUGGAGGCAGAGGAAACUCGGGUCCAACAAAAACCCUCUUUGUCAAGGGGCUCUCAGAGGACACCUCAGAUCAGACGCUUAGGGAUUCCUUUGAGGGAGCUGUUGGAGCCAGGAUAGUUACAGACAGAGAGACGGGGUCCUCCAAAGGCUUCGGCUUUGUGGAUUUUGACAAUGAAAAUGACUGCAAAGCAGCCAAGGAGGCCAUGGAGGAUGGAGAGAUCGAUGGCAGCAAGGUGACGUUGGACUACGCCAAGCCCAAGGGUGAAGGCGGCUUCCGCGGAGGAAGAGGCGGCGGUGGCGGCUUUGGGGGCCGCGGUGGCGGCUUUGGGGGCCGCGGUGGCUUCAGGGGAGGCCGUGGAGGAGGCAGAGGAGGAGGAGGAAGGGGUUUCAGCCGUGGUGGUGGACGUGGUGGUUUUGGAGGUGGAAGAGGUGGUGGAUUUGGAGCAAAACCUCAGGGGAAGAAAAUCAAGUUUGAUGAUUAAAAUCUGUGUUUUACAUUUGAAUGGACUCUGUUUCACCAUCUUCUGAACUUUUGGACAUUCCAGGAAGUGUCAUUGAUUAUUUAACGGUAAAUGGGCUUUUUUGUUUUUUGCCCGUUUGCAUAGACCCCUCACACCUACUGUACCCUGUGCCAGAAGCAUACUUUGGACCUUUUUGAGCUUUUCAGUGUAAAGUGUGAGGACUGAAUGUCCCAGAAGAAAGCCUGCACUCGUUUCCUACCCAAACAGUCUUUUGCUGAAGGAUUGAAGUGGAUGGAGUCUGGCAGGAAGGGUUGUGAGAGAAAAAAAAAGGAAAGAUGCUUGUCCAGUCAGAUAUAUGGUGUAAAUUUAAGCAGUUUGUAUGAUUUAAUUUUACCUUUUUUUGUACAAAAAACAAAUUAACUCAUUUAUCCAUACAUUUUUGUUUUUAUUUUUGUCAUGCUUUCUUUAGAUGUUAAGUUUUACUGUUGUUUUCAUAGUCCAUGCUCAGAAGUUAUUGGAUGUUUGUUAUGGUUGUUAAACGAGGCUGUGACUGAGUCAUGGAUAAAAUCUAAUCUAUGUAACAAAUGUUUGUAGAACAUUGAGUAUUUUUUUCCUCAAGAUUUUCACGAUAAAAAUAAACCUCAUAAGUUGUGAUUUUUAAAGGUUUAUUUUUAUUUUACAUUUCAUUAAAUCUAAGUAAAACUUGCA